AUGGAAAGAAUAGAAGUAGGGAUUGUUGAUGAUGAUAAUGUAGCAGCCAAGACACAAUUUGAGGGCAUCAAGUCUGAAGUUUAUACGGUUGGUGAUGAGCAACACUGGAACACGGAAGCCAAUUUUGACUCAUGGGCUCAACAAUACAAUUUCACAGUCGGUGAUGUUCUUGUCUUCAAGUACAGCAAGGGGCAACAUAACGUGUAUGAUGUAACAGAGGCGACAUAUCGAUCUUGCGAUGCGAGCAGUGGAGUUUUAGGUGAAUACGAGAGUGGAAACGAUGAAGUCAAACUGAAAGAGGCGAAGAAGUAUUGGUUUAUUUGUAAUGUUGCAGGCCAUUGCCUUGGAGGAAUGAGGUUCUGCAUUGAUGUAAAAGAAGCUACUUCCUCUAGUACUGAUUCCACAAGUGAUUCGCCAUUGCCAUCAGUGGAACCAACUAGUUUUUCUUCUGUAAGCCACGCUUUUCAAAGAUGGAACAUUGGGAUUCUCUUCCUCCCAUGUGCAGUUUUGUUAUUUAAAUUGUAUUAA